AUGGCUGGUGGUACACCUGGAGGCGAGCCUACCGUUGGCUCUGGUGAGCCGCGACUAAAAAGCCUUGCGACACCCGAAACGAUCAAGACUGGAUGCAUUGCCUGGGUAGAGAAAGAGGGUCAGCCGCGACGCGCCGAAAUUCUUAGCAUCAAGACAACCAAGAGCGGCAAACAAUUUUACUGCAAUUUCGAUAACUUCAAUAAACGACUGGACGAAUGGGUACCUGUCAUCAGAUUGGACUUUACUCGGGAGGUUGAAUGGCCAAAUCCAGAGAAGGACAAGCCCAAAGACCCAAAGGCGAAGAAAGUGCCCACUGUGCAGUCUAAGAAGACACAACCUUCGAAAAAGUCUCAAAAGAGGCCCGGCAAGCGAGAGCAAUCCACUACAUCGGAGGCCAAUACACCACAUCCUUGGACUGAUUUCGUAGAGAACCAAAAUCGGCAAAAGUCUGCCUCGAUCGGUCCUGAUGGUGAUAGUCAGGCACGCGCCAGCGUUGACGGUGGCGCAACACCUGUGGGUGAUGAAAUGGAAGUGGACGAAAGGGAAACAGAAGUCAAAAGGGAGCCGGCAGAGUUCAGUCGUGAGGUCGAGAUUGAGAAGCUUCGUACAUCCGGCUCCAUGACUCAAAACCCAACCGAAGUCUCACGAAUCCGAAAUAUCUCAAAGGUUCAGUUCGGCCGUUUCGAUUUGUAUCCGUGGUAUUUCUCGCCAUACCCCGAGAUCUUCAGCCAAGAAGACGUUAUCUUUAUCUGCGAAUUUUGUCUGAGCUAUUAUGGGGACUUGAAAGCUUUCACGCGGCACCGAAAGAAGUGUACACUACAGCACCCACCCGGAAACGAGCUCUAUCGAAAUGAGGACAUAUCUUUCUUCGAAAUCGAUGGCCGACGGCAGCGAACGUGGUGUCGUAACCUUUGUCUUUUGUCCAAGAUGUUUCUUGACCACAAGACACUGUAUUAUGAUGUGGACCCUUUCCUGUUUUAUGUCAUGACGACACGAACCGAAAAAGGAAAUCACUUGGUUGGGUAUUUCUCCAAGGAGAAGGAGAGUGCGGACGGGUACAACGUUGCUUGUAUUCUGACCAUGCCUCAAUACCAGCGUAAAGGCUACGGUCGACUUCUGAUCCAGUUCUCGUACGAACUUUCUCGAAUUGAAGGGAAACUCGGGUCUCCUGAAAAGCCACUGUCAGAUUUGGGUCUGCUGAGUUAUCGACAAUAUUGGUCAGAAAACAUUCUGGAAUUCCUGAUGGGCUACAACGAACGUGACGAAAAAGUCACAAUCGAGGCGAUUUCUAAUGCCCUGGCCAUGACAACGCAGGACGUCGAGCACACCCUCCAAGCAUUGCGGAUGCAAGUCUACCAUAAGAGUGACCACAAGAUUGUGAUACCCGAAAAGUUAAUCCAGCAACGCGAAAAGACCAAACUGAAGAGGAAACGAACCGUGGAUCCAACUAAGAUCCAAUGGAAACCUCCAGUAUUUACAGCUUCAAGUCGAACAUGGGGAUGGUAA